AUGAUGCGCCCACGGCCUGCGUCUUCCAUGCAGAAGACCUAUGAUGAGUGCUAUCUCUUGUGCUCUACUGCCGUCUACUUUGAAGGCCAGAACAACGAGGACGAAGCAUUGAGGUCCUGGCGAUCCGCCCUCGAUACUAUCUAUCACCAUAAUGCCCGCCGGGUCUCGUCGACCUACACUCCCAAGUCCGAAACCGAGAAGGCCCUGCAGGAUUCCAUCCGUGCGCUGGAGAUUCAAUGCCGCGAGCGAGUCGAUCUUCUAGGAGCCCUGCGCGAGAGCCGAAAAGAGUCCGCUGAAGCCAACGGCGCCAAAGAAGGCUCUGCGACACUCACCAAGGACGGCACUAUCCCCGCCGUCGGCUACACAGAUCUCUCCAAACCGGCCGCUAUACCGGGGCGACCACAACCGCCACCGAUGGCGCGACAGAAUACCGACUCACCGGCGCUGUACGACGACUUUGCGGCUCCGGGCCCGUCGCUGAGCGCCGCACCCGCACUGCGCGUGGAGUCCAAUUCUUCGGGCAAGACCAAAUCCCGUGGAUCUAGUCCUGAGCGACGGAAGGGAAUGCUGACGACAUUACGCAACACCGACGGAAAGAAGAAUGGCAAGAAAAGCAAGAUCAGUUCCAAGAAGGACUCGCGGCCGGCCGCUUCCAAAGCUGCGGGUUUGGCAUGGGGCAAUCUUUACCGGUCUUCGUCGACGAACGAGAAGAUCGCGAGCGAUGCGGCGCUGGCUUCUUCCCGAUCGACCGCGGCCCACGACCCUAGCAUCCGGCGUGAUGUGGAGCCGAAAUCGAGUUCUAGCGAAGAGCCUGUCUUUGUCCGGCGGUCUCCACAAAAGAACCCAUCGACAGAUCGGAUUCCUUCUGCAAAUUGGCGAGAGCCUCAUCACUCAUCGCCGGCUCGAUCAUCUCCUCGCCCGGUGACCCAAGCGCCGGUUCUGCGCCCGCCGCAGGCCUCGCAUGAGAGUCGCAAGCCUCCUCCGUCAGUCAAGCUGCACAUGCCAGACCCACAGGAUUUCACGCCUACCUAUCCACCUAAGCCAUCUGUCAAACCCAAACCCGUAGGGUUACGAUCUACACUCCCACCUCCGCCUCGCGUGACACAGGUCAAGUCCGAGGGCAGUUCUCGGCCGACGACACCGCGACAGGAUCGCGAGACGAAAGUGUCGAGUAAUAAGCCGCGGACCAAAUCCGCGCCACGCAUCAAUAAAACCGAGCCGUCAUCCUAUAUAUCACCAUCAUCGAGUGAUGACAUUCAGCGUGGAGUUGACCGCAUGUCCGUUUCUGGCGUGAACGGCGGCGCUGUUCGACGCAAAGCGGCUCCACCCAAACGUCACGAGACACCGCCAUCGAGCGAUCAAGACUCUUCGGGACAGCGGUCUGAAGACGAAGCCGGGGAUGAGGAUGAAGAAGGGGAUAACAACGAUAUCGUCAAUAUCUUGAACAAACUGCCCAAGGGCGUGGACCUCCAAUCAGCUCGACAGAUCCUAAACGAUAUCGUCGUGCGUGGCGAUGAAGUACACUGGGACGACAUCGCCGGGCUGGAAGGAGCCAAGAAGGCUCUCAAAGAAGCAGUGGUGUACCCAUUCCUUCGCCCGGAUCUCUUCUCAGGCCUUCGUGAACCAGCACGUGGUAUGUUGCUCUUCGGUCCGCCCGGUACUGGUAAAACCAUGCUUGCACGAGCAGUAGCCACGGAAUCCAAAUCCACAUUCUUCUCGGUGUCUGCCUCGAGCCUCACAUCAAAAUGGCACGGUGAGAGCGAGAAGCUCGUGCGUGCCCUAUUUGGACUCGCCAAAGUCCUCGCCCCUUCGAUCAUCUUCGUCGAUGAGAUCGACUCUCUUCUGUCUGCACGGUCCUCUGGCACCGAGCACGAAGCUUCGCGGCGGUCAAAGACUGAAUUCCUGGUCCAGUGGUCUGAUCUCCAGCGUGCCGCCGCCGGUCGGGAACCGACCGCAAGGGACAAGAAGGAAGGAGAUGCGGGUCGCGUGCUCGUUUUGGCGGCCACCAAUUUGCCUUGGGAUAUCGACGAGGCUGCGCGUCGUCGUUUCGUUCGGAGGCAGUACAUCCCCUUACCGGAGCAACAUGUUCGCGAGCAGCAGAUACGCAGGCUUCUCAGCCAUCAGCACCAGACACUGAGCGAUGCUGAUAUCCAGGUCCUGGUCCAUGUCACAGAAGGCUUUUCCGGCUCAGACAUAACAGCCCUAGCCAAAGACGCCGCCAUGGGCCCUCUCCGCAACCUCGGCGAAGCACUACUCCACACCCCAAUGGACCAGAUCCGGCCCAUCAUCUUCAAAGACUUCGAAGCAAGCUUAUACUCUAUCCGACCCAGCGUGUCACCUGACGGGCUCCGCAGGUAUGAAGAGUGGGCUCGAGAAUUCGGUGAAAGGGGUGGUUAG